CUGAUCAAUAUCUACAAUCUUCUCUUAUCUUUUUCCUUUGAUCUACACUAGUUGCAUUACACUUUUAACAAAAUUACCUUGUUAUUACUUUCGAGCCUUACACCUCACAGCAAUGGCAUCAAACUCGAUCACCUCUUCACGCAACUGUGGCUCUACCUGGACACAAAGGCAAAACAAGCAGUUUGAAGAAGCCUUGGCAACAUAUGAUCGGGACACCCCUGACCGCUGGCAUAACAUAGCCAGAGCAGUGGGCGGGAAGUCCACAGAGGAAGUGAAAAGGCAUUAUGAUAUCCUUGUCAAGGAUAUCAUGCAGAUAGAAUCUGAUCAGGUACCAUUACCCAACUACAAAAACACUGGAGGCAAUGGCAGAGGAUUCAACAAUGAACAGAGGCUUUUCAAGAACCUAAGGCUGUAGUGGAACCGGGGCAUGCAAAAACAAAGAAUGCUUGGAUCAAAACUACUUAUACUUAUGUCAUGCUCUUAAUUCAGUUGUGUUUGUGUCGAUAUGUUCCAUGGUCUAAUGUAUGCAACAUACAUGUGACCUGUUUUCUGUCUUAAUGUCACUUUGUAGUAUGUAAAUCUUCGAAUACCUCAUGUGCAAUAAGAUUUUAUAUCCUUGA